AUGUAUAGAACUUGCCUAGCAUGCGUUGCUUGUGCUUCAUGUCAGUCUGUGCUUCCGCCAGAAACGCUAUUGGACUUCGAGCGCCACGGCCACACUGUCACACGGGGCCUCAUCUCUUCUGAGGAUUUCGCAUCACACGUGCCAAUGCUCUACAGGUAUGCCACAGAAAAGGAGUCAGCGUCAGCUGCUCAUGCUGCCAGCAUAAUGUCCGCCCAAGGCAUGACGGACCUGCAGCCACCAUUUUUGCAGACCUUCAACCCUCACAGGCAGUGCGCAAGUGCUUGGCGGUUGGCGUUGGCUUUGCUGUCGGCUGCAUGUGCCCUACUGGGAGCUGAACGCGUGCGCUUGUAUCAAACGUCGCUUUUCUGGAAGCGACCAGGUCAUGACUCCACAGCCUGGCAUCAGGAUCUCAUGACCGCUCCGAUCGCCACAAACGACUUCAUAACUGCGUGGGUGCCUUUGCAUCGUGUAGGAUGUAUUGAAGAGAGCCCCUUGCUCUUCCAGUCGCGCACUCACAAGGAUCUAGCUGCGCAGGUCCAUAGCGAGAACCUGGAGGAGCUUGGCAUCGAUCCCCUGGAUUGCCCCGGGCCUGGCCCGGAGUUUGGAGAUCACCAUGCCCCUUUGGAGGAAGGCGAUGUGACAUGGCACCAUGGAUGGAUUCAGCAUGGUGCUCCGCCAGUUGCCAGAGGCGAGGGCCGGUUGGCCUUCACAGCUUCCUAUUUUGUGGAUGGAGCUUUGGUGGUGCCACCAAUCGAGAUAGAGGAUGCCCCAUCCUUUUCCGAUUGGCUCCAAGACCUGCAUCCCGGCGACCUGGCGGAGCAUCCUCAGCUGCCAUUGCUAAGCCCAGAGGAUGCGGCGUUGCAAGCUCCUCCUGGAGCAGAUUGA